GAACGACAAGGCUCCGCUCGCGGCCCAUCCCACUUUCAUGCGCGCUGUUUGAUAUUUUUGUGCGCGAUGAAUCAAGCCCCAGUGUCGUGCAUACCCAACGCCAAGAUGUCCAAGGCGAAGAAAGUGCUGGACGAGGCCCGUGCCUCCGGGAAUCCUGAAUUGGACCUCAUGGAGAAAGGAAUCAGUUCCUUCGAGGAGAUGCCAGGGCUCCUUAACAUGGCCCACAUCACUAGAUUGACCCUAAGCCACAACAAGAUCGUCGACAUACCCCCCGGUUUGGCAAAUCUUGUCAAUCUUGAAAUUUUGACCUUAUUCAACAACUAUAUUGAAGAAUUACCUGUUUCACUAUCUUCCAUGCCAAAGCUUCGAAUCCUGAAUCUUGGGAUGAAUCGCCUGAAUGCCCUUCCUCGUGGAUUUGGAGCUUUCCCUGUGUUGGAGGUGCUUGACUUGACUUACAACAAUUUAAAUGAAGAGAGUUUUCCUGCAAACUUCUUCAUUCUGGAAACCCUCAGAGCCUUGUACCUGGGAGACAAUGAUUUUGAAUUCAUACCCUCAGAAAUUGGUCAGCUGAAAAAUCUGCAAAUUUUGGUGCUCCGAGACAAUGACCUUAUUGAGAUACCCAAAGAAAUUGGAGACUUGACUCGCUUAAGGGAGUUGCAUAUCCAAGGCAACCGGUUGACAGUUCUUCCUCCUGAGAUUGGACAAUUGGAUCUUAUUGGCAACAAAUCUGUUUUAAAAAUGGAUUACAAUCCAUGGGUUGCACCUAUAGCCGACCAACUUCAAGUUGGAAUAUCUCAUGUAAUUGACUACAUAAGAUCCGAGACUUACAGAUACUUAUUCAGCCGCCAUGUGUCUGUGAGAGGACCACCUCCACCCAAAUAUAUUGACAAGACAAAUAAGCUAUCAAGAAUCCGGAGGAACAUCUAAAGCAUUGUCUAGGGGAGGAAAGUUUUUAAGAUUUCGCUGAACAAGAGGGGAUGUUUGGUGGGACUUUUGAUGGAUGAAAUUUUCUUAGGAGCAUAUACCUCAGUAUUGUUUACCACCAUUGCAUUUUCAACUAGGUCCUGUGUGAUAGACCCCAUCUUAGUUUUGUAUCGGCACAACUAUUGUUUAGCUUGUCAAUAACAUUUUUCUGUGGAAUUUAUGUACAGAAGGUUAGGAAAAUCCUUCAGGAGUCCAGCUAAUAUUAUUUUGUUCAAACUACUCACUGCCAACAGCUUUGUGUUAAGGUGAAAUGUACCUCAUUUCAAUUAGGUAUGACGAUCUGCCAUUCACAGCUAAUAUUUAGCUGUUUUUAAAUUGAAGUUUAGUCAUACAUGCAGUGCCUUAUCUAUCAUGUUUAUCUGUUCAGUCAUACUUAUUGCUAGUCUUAGCAGAUUUUUGUUGUGUUGACUUUCUUUUCUAACAAAGUUCCAUUUGGAUGUUAUAUGAUGCUUUUUUUACAUGUGUUUGGAACUAAAUCGACUAUACAGAGAAGACUCUUGCUUACGUAGCCUUGUGUUUUAUACUAAUUUUGUCUAGGGAAUAAGCACAUUAUCAAUCUCAUCUUGUCCUUCCCUGUGCAUGAUGAUUGUGCCUCUCUUUGGGAUCAAACUUUAUCAUCUGUUCAUUGGUACUUGAUUACUAAUAAGAUAUUUUUGGACUUACUUUUUAUGUUAUUGUUAAACCAUAUAUUAUGUUGUCAUAAAAUCAUGUAGAUACUAAUAUAAAGACUGUUAUGUAGUAUAGAUGUAUUUUAUGUUAUUAAUGGUGCUAUUCAGUAAUUUAACACUUCACCUACUGUCUAUUUAUUUAAAUUAAUGUGUGAGUGAUGGUAAAGGAACAAUGAAUGACUUCAUGUUUUGUUCAUAACUUUUAUUUUGAUCAAGUACUUGUUGCUCAUGUUUGAUGAGCAAAAUUUAUCUUAUCUGAUAGAAUAAAGUUACAAUUUUGU